UUAACCUCUUUGGGUAAAAGUAACUGCAAGGCUGGACGCGGUGGUUCACGCCUGUAAUCCCAGCACUUUGGGAAGCCGAGGCAGGUGGAUCAUGAGAUCCUGAGUUUGAGACCAGCCUGGCCAACAUGGUGAAACCCCGUCUCUACUAAAAAAAUACAAAAAUUAGCCGGACGUGGUGGUGCGCACCUAUAAUCCCAGCUACUCAGGAGGCUGAGGCAGGAGAAUCGCUUGAACCUGGGAGGCGGAGGUUGCAGUGAGCCGAGAUGACGCCAUUGCACUUUAGCCUGGGCAAUAAAGAGAGACUCUUAAAAAAAAAAGCUAGUCUGACAUAAUGAGCCUCCGUGAGCUAGGCUGCUGAAGCCACGAGCUCUGCCAGGGAGACGCAAGUAGAGUUUGUUCAUAAUUAGAUCCUCACCUGACUGCCCAACAGGGAGAACUGGCUCCAGGAGGAAGAGUUUGGCAUCACUGUGGACAGCAGAUAGACUGGCCACUUUUCUCUCUCGGAUUCUAUUAAAGUUUGGGCCUCUGGAGGUCUGUCAGAGAGGAGAAAAGAAAUUAUAAGAUUUGGGCAAGCUGGGCAUAGUGGCUCAGGCCUGUAAUCCCAGCAUGAUGGGAGGCCAAGGUGGGCAGAUCACUUGAGGUCAGGAGUUCGAGACCAGCCUAGUCAACACUGACUAAAACCAACCCUGUCUCUACUAAAAAUACAAAAAUUAGCUGGGCAUGGUGUCCCGUACUUGUAAUCCGAGCUACUUGGGAGACUGAGGCAGGAGAUUUGCUUGAACCCAGCGGGAGGAGGUUGUAUGUAGUGAGCCAAGAUUGUGCCACUGCACUCCAGCCUGUGCGACAGGGUGAGACUCCAUCUCAAAAAAAAAAAAAAAAAAAAAAAAAGAUUUGGGCAGAUGUCUGGGGUAAAGAAACUUUUUAUUCGGCAAGUAGAGUGGUUGGUUCAUUUUGAUAUUUUGGCCUUGAACUUCUUAGUUCUUCCGAUGGUUAAUAGCAGCCUUUUAGAGAAGCUGAACAGCCCUUUGCUACAGGUCUGUAGCAGUUCCCAAGCUUACUGUAAGCAAGUAUAGUAUUCCCCAAUCAGGGCCCUUAUGAAGACAUCUUAAACUUGUUGCAGCCAACCAGUAGACCUAGUAUUGGCUUUGUUUCAGCAAUCCUCUAAAUCUUGCCCACUCAUAUUUCUGUGAUAGAUACGUAGCAUGUUCUUUUUCAAAGACUUAUUUUUCACCCCUUCUCUCCUUUUCUGUAUUGGAACACAAAAAUUGGAAACCCUGCUUCCAAACAUUGAAAAAUUUAGGAUAUUUUGGAUCAGGUGAACAAUGACUGUGGAAUGAAAGAUGCAGAGAAACACUGCUUUAAAGGGUGUGUAGAGAAUUACAAAGUUUAGGGAGUAGCCUGACCACUUCUGAGUUUACAAGAUUUAACCGUAUGGUCCAAUCUUAAACCUUGUGGGCUGCAAACCUGGAGUAAAAUCUGUUCCGAGAAGCUCAUAUACUUUCUUAGAGGUUCAUUGGGUGAUAUGUAUGGAGUUUUCCCUUUUUGCAACUGACUUGGAUUUGUGAAUUUCUUCCCAGCACCUACAGGCUGAACUAAACCAGUGACUGGUACAUCUCUGGGCUGAGAAAUGGACAUUUGGAAUGCAUUUGUUGCUUUUUUGCUUAUUUCUUUUUGCCUUGCUUUUGUUUUGGAUAUUCAUGCAACUCCUUGUAUGGCACUGUCUAGACCCGUUGUGGGAGGAAAAAAUCUUCUUUCUCUUUAUUUCUUCCCUCAUAGAGCCAACACUUAGAUCUUUAUGUUUCUGAAAUAUAGUUGAGCAUCUUUUUAAAGAUGCUCUUCCUCAAUUAUCAGCAGAUCUUGUUUUGGCUGGCAGCAUUCUCUUAGGAGACCUCAGGGUGGAGGAGGUCUUACUUUCCUGUCAGCAAUCUAUUGGAGCAAGGUGGAAAGAUGAGUGAAAAGGGUAAAAAUAUGGGACAUUUCUUCUUUAAAAUAAUAGAGGUGCGGUCUGUAUGCCAGGCUGGUCUCAAACUCCUGGCCUUGAGCCAUCCUCUCACCUCAGCCUCCCAAAGUACUGAGAUUACAGGCGUGAGCCACUGUGCCCAGCCAAUGUGGGACAUUUCUGACUCAACAGUAUUGUCAGGACAUGUAGGAAAGGGAGUAGAGAUUACCCUUGAGGAGAUGCACCCAGGUGGCAGGGUUGUCCUACUUGACAGAUUGCAAAUGGAAAACGGAUUUUUCUACUGGCUCUGGGGACACUGAGAGAAGAACCUCUGCAUGAGUUCAGAGGCAGCACUGGCAGCUUAGGGGAAGUCAUGGCUUCCACUCCGUGUCUAAGAAGCACUUUCAGGAUGCUUGGAGGCUGCCAUUGGCACAGGGAAUUACUGUGAUUCUCAUCAGACUGGGUUGCAGGCUGAUGUGCUCUUGGGAGAUGAGCUCUGCUCAGGAGCAAGGGGGUAUGAAAAGGCCGAUGUUUCUCUGACUGCCCCAGUGAGCAGCGAGAUGUCGAGGCUAUGUGUGUCAUAGGACAAACAUACUUGCAGACCCAACUGUUGGAAUCCUUCAUUGGCAUCUCAUUCCCUUUGCUGCGUUGUGUCUCCACAUCACAAUUGCUUGCUGUGUCUAGCCAGAAGCCCUACCACAUUGCAGUGCAGAGGCUUAGCUUACUUGUUUUUGUUGCUAACUGCUCUGAGAUACCAGUUUGUCCCUUUGUGGUGAUUUAGGCAGUUAGGUGGCCUUUCAUCUCAAUCAAAGGGUAAAAGUGGCUCAGGGGAAGCUAGCGGACAGUAGCUUACACAUUUCCAAAUGUCAUCUUUCUAGAGCCUCCUCUUUGAGGUUGUCACCUCUCCUGUAGGAUUUGGUAGAAUCACAAAGUGGCCUCCAAGAGAGUGUGAAUAGGGAGUAAGAGUGAGCAGGUAAGGCCAUUUAAUUGGAAGCAGAAUAUUUUUGCUCCCAGUUGAUAAUUGGGAAUCUUCUCAGAUCAGCCUAGAAGAAAAAGACCAAGACAUUUCCCAGCCUUUAAAAAAGUAAAUGAUUCACAGACCAGCAUGGCUGCUACUGCCGCUGUCAGUCCCAGUGACUACCUGCAGCCUGCCACCUCUAACACCCAGGACUCCCAGCCAUCUCCCUUAGCCCUGCUUGCUGCAACAUGUAGCAAAAUUGGCCCCCCAGCAGUUGAAGCUGCUGUGACACCUCCUGCUCCCCCGCAACCCACACCGCGGAAACUUGUCCCUAUCAAACCUGCCCCUCUCCCACUCAGCCCCAGCAAGAAUAGCUUUGGAAUCUUGUCCUCCAAAGGAAAUAUACUUCAGAUUCAAGGGUCACAACUGAGCGCCUCCUAUCCUGGAGGGCAGCUGGUGUUCGCUAUCCAGAAUCCCACCAUGAUCAACAAAGGGACCCGAUCAAAUUCCAAUAUCCAGUACCAGGCUGUCCCUCAGAUUCAGGCAAGCAGUUCCCAAACCAUCCAAGUGCAGCCCAAUCUCACCAACCAGAUCCAGAUCAUCCCUGGCACCAACCAAGCCAUCAUCACCCCCUCACCGUCCAGUCACAAGCCUGUACCCAUCAAGCCAGCCCCCAUCCAGAAGUCGAGUACGACCACCACCCCAGUGCAGAGCGGGGCCAAUGUGGUGAAGUUGACAGGUGGAGGCGGCAACGUGACGCUCACUCUGCCCGUCAACAACCUCGUGAACACCAGUGACACUGGGGCGCCCACUCAGCUCCUCACUGAAAGCCCCCCAACCCCGCUGUCUAAGACUAACAAGAAAGCAAGGAAGAAGAGCCUUCCUGCAUCCCAGCCCCCUGUGGCUGUGGCUGAGCAGGUGGAGACAGUGCUGAUUGAGACUACCGCUGACAACAUCAUCCAGGCAGGAAACAACCUGCUCAUUGUUCAGAGCCCUGGUGGGGGCCAGCCAGCUGUGGUCCAGCAGGUCCAGGUGGUACCCCCCAAGGCUGAGCAGCAGCAGGUGGUGCAGAUCCCCCAGCAGGCUCUGCGGGUGGUACAGGCGGCAUCUGCCACCCUCCCCACUGUCCCCCAGAAGCCCUCCCAGAACUUUCAGAUCCAGGCAGCUGAGCCAACACCUACUCAGGUCUACAUCCGUACGCCUUCUGGUGAGGUGCAGACAGUCCUUGUCCAGGACAGCCCCCCAGCAUCAGCUGCGGCAACCUCUAACACCACCUGUAGCAGUCCUGCAUCCCGUGCUUCCCAUGUCAGUGGGACCAGCAAAAAGCACUCAGCUGCAAUUCUCCGAAAAGAACGUCCCCUGCCAAAGAUUGCCCCCGCUGGGAGCAUCAUCAGCCUGAAUGCAGCCCAGUUGGCAGCAGCUGCCCAGGCAAUGCAGACCAUCAACAUUAACGGUGUCCAGGUCCAGGGCGUGCCUGUCACUAUCACCAACACAGGCGGUGAGGAUGGCCCCUGUGGCCAGGGCGGGCAGCAGCAGCUGACAGUGCAGAAUGUUUCUGGAAACAACCUGACCAUCAGUGGGCUGAGCCCCACCCAGAUCCAGCUGCAAAUGGAACAAGCCCUGGCCGGAGAGACCCAGCCCGGGGAAAAGCGGCGCCGCAUGGCCUGCACGUGUCCCAACUGCAAGGAUGGGGAGAAGAGGUCUGGAGAGCAGGGCAAGAAGAAGCAUGUGUGCCAUAUCCCCGACUGUGGCAAGACGUUCCGUAAGACAUCCUUGCUGCGUGCCCACGUGCGCCUGCACACUGGUGAGCGGCCCUUUGUCUGCAACUGGUUCUUCUGUGGGAAGAGGUUCACACGGAGUGACGAGCUCCAGCGGCAUGCUCGCACCCACACAGGGGACAAACGCUUUGAGUGCGCCCAGUGUCAGAAGCGCUUCAUGAGGAGUGACCACCUCACCAAGCAUUACAAGACCCACCUGGUCACGAAGAACUUGUAAGGCCAACUGCGGUGGGAGGCCCUGAAGAUGCAAUCCCCCACCUGUGUCUUCCCUGGGCCCCUGGUGGAAAAGGAGCCCUGUGGCUGCCUUGGGCCCACCCUCAGCCCCACUCCUGUUCUUCAACUGUCCCCACAGGAAGGGACUCUGCUCCCUGUACUGUCCUCCUUCCAAAGGCCAUCGGCUCCGCCUUGGCCCUUCCCCUCACCACGGGCUCCUGGCCUGCCCAUACUGUGGACGCUGGCCCUGCCCAAUGAGACGUUCUAAACCAGGACGCGUGGGAACCCUUAUUUCCAAAGGAAAAACAUGCAUUUCACUCCGUCGAGGAGCAAAGUGAGCCCCCACUCCCUACCCCAAUCCCCACUCCCAACAAUUCCCGCUCCCAACACUGCCGGAGUCGCAUCGUGCCAUGCCCCCUCUCCUGCACCUCCCCGGCCCUGCUGGCCACUGUGGAUGCCCUGGGGCUUGGCACCCACCUCUGGAGAGACUUGGCACCCACCUCUGGGGCCACCUCCACUCCAUGUGCCCAGCCCUGCCACAACUUCUCCUCCAGCACAUUCCAGCUCUAUUUAAAAAGUAAAGAUACCCACCGACUCUUCCUGAUCCCUCUCUUUUUCUAUGGAGAACGUUGCCUUAUACUCUCUACUUCAGAUGAUGAACACUGUGUACUGUGUGUGCUUUAAAGAAGUUUAUUUAAUUGCUCCCUUCUCCUUUCCUUGUUAUUCACCCCCCACAUGCCGGCUUUCAGUUGAGGGUUUUGGAGGGCAAUGAUGAGCGUAUGAAUAUUUUUCUCAUUCUAGUAAUUCCCUUUUCUAAAUGACACAGCAUUUCAACUCAAAUUUGAAUUCAGAUAACACCUGCACAUCCUGAACCUCCUCCCUCUCCCUUCAUCUCACCCCCGACCGGCCCAAGCUCUACUUGUGUACAGUGUAUAUUGUAUAAUAGACAAUUGUGUCUACUACAUGUUUAAAAAACAUAUUGCUUGUUAUUUUUGAGGCUUUUAAAUUAAACAAAAAUCCAACUUUAUUUUUAGUUGUAACUGCUUGAGGUAUGUUUUAUGAAUUAAGUGACAGAUUUGUUAUCCUCUAUUAACGUACUUUGUUGGUCGGCACUGGGCUGACAAAAAUUUUUUCUUGCUAAUAAAUUUAGUUGCCUGAGGCAAAAUCUGCAA